CCACCUAUAAAAUUCCCAUCUAGGGUUUUAACCCAUUCUGAGCACUCUUCCCCUCUAUCUCAGAGCCACCGCGCACCCUCACACUAAUUCAAACCCAAAAUGCCGGCUGGUCACGGUCUCCGGUCUCGCACUAGAGAUCUCUUCGCUCGUCCCUUUAGAAAGAAGGGUUACAUUCCAUUGACAACCUACCUCAGAACCUAUAAGAUUGGAGACCAUGUAGACGUUAAGGUUAACGGCGCCGUCCACAAGGGUAUGCCUCACAAGUUUUACCAUGGACGUACUGGCAGGGUCUGGAAUGUCACCAAACGUGCCAUCGGCGUAGAGGUCAACAAGCAGGUGGGUAACAGGAUCAUCAGGAAGAGGAUCCAUGUCAGAGUGGAACAUUUGCUACCCUCAAGGUGCACUGAGGAAUUCCGUCUCAGGAAGAAGAAGAAUGAUCAACUAAAAGCAGAGGCUAAGGCCAGAGGUGAGGUUAUCUGCACAAAGAGGCAGCCAGAGGGUCCUAAACCUGGUUUCAUGGUGGAAGGUGCUACAUUGGAAACUGUUACUCCCAUUCCAUAUGAUGUUGUUAACGAUCUCAAGGGUGGUUACUAGGUUUCCUCCCAGCGUUUUGUUAUGCAGUUUGUUUUAUCGUUCUGCAGUCUUUGUGGACUGGUGCAAAUCCAUAGGAUUUUCAAUUUCAGUUUUAAUUUCUGUCAGUGAUUAAAGACAUUCUCCUAAGCAAGAUCAUAACAUAUUUGAGGGAAUUUGGAAUUCAUUUUAUCCAGUUUUCAAAUUAAA